AUGAAUCAAUCCACGGCUCUAAUUGCUAACUCUCAACUACAAAACAAUAAUGGCCUGUUGCAAAGGCAUCAGAAUAUUGGCGGUUCACAAAAUGCUAAUGGUCAAUUUCAAGGCGCCUUAAAUAUUGGCGGGCAGCCCCUAAGACCUCAAAACCAAUUAAUCA